UCCCUUCUUCCUUCCUUCAUUUUCUGCUGCGGAGCUUCAGAGAAAUUUGGUGGGUGGGUAGGAGGAGAAGAGAAGGAUGGUGUGGUUCCAGUGCGAGGAUUGCGGCGAGAACCUCAAGAAGCCCAAAUUGCCCAACCACUUCCGGGUCUGCUCCGCCUUCAAGCUGUCCUGCAUCGACUGCGGAGAGACGUUCAGCCAGCAGAGCGUGCAGGGCCACACCCAGUGCAUCACCGAAGCGGAGAAAUACGGUCCUAAGGGUCAAGGAAAGGUUUCGAAUGGCACGCCUGCUAAGCCCAACAAAGAUGGGAAGCAACAACCUGAUUUCGACAUAACGGUCGGAUUGACUAAACGGCCUCCAUGGUUUUGCAGUCUUUGCAACACGAAGGCCACUAGUGAGCAGACCCUGCUCCUACAUGCUGAAGGGAAAAAGCACAAGGCAAAAGCACGAGCUUUCCAUGCUUCGAAGCAACAACCUCAACAAAAACAGGAAUCUACUUCUCCUGCAACACUUCCUCCUGAAGACGCUUCGAAAAGUAGCAUAGGUGACAGUGAACACGUAGAAGAACCAAAGAUUAAGGAUAUUUCUACAAGCGACAAUGCACACGACAAUUCCGAGGCAGAUAAGGGAAACUUACAGUCAAGUAAAAAGAGAAAACACGACGGAUCUGAUAAAAUCGAUCAUAAGAAGAAAACAAUGCAUGAUAAUCUCAAUGAGGUUGGGGAUGGGGAAGUCAUCCAGGCUGAAAAAACAGAAGUAAAGAAAGACAAGCAUCUUGCGACAGCCAGAGAAAACCAGGAGGAUGCUUGUCAUCCAAAUGAAGAUGGCAAGAAGAAAAUAAAGUGGAAGAAGUUGAUUAAAUCCACUUUAAAAUCUCAGAGCCCAGAUGGAAAGAUGAAGAUGAAAAAACUGAAGAAACUUGUCAUGGAGGCUGUCAAGCAGUCCGGCAUUACUGAAGAUGAAAACCAGCUCAGCGAGAAACUUGAACGGAAGAUAAACUCUAGCUCAAGGUUCGCUAUUGACAGCAAGAAUGUUCGUCUAGUCGCUUCAGACUGAAAUAUUUGGUGACUGGCUAGUGAAAACUUCGCGCCAUAGCGUAUCAUUUCUCGUAUGCGACCACAUAGCUGCCGACUUGUUCAUUUAGUGCAUUCUUUGCGAAUCUAUCAGAAGAACAUUUUUGGGCAUUUUUGGGUAGGAAGGUUUGCCUUCAGGUAGAGGAUUUUGCUUUGUACCCCAGAUUUGGGUGGGAAUUUUGGAAGAGGGAGUUUAUCCAGAGAAUGAUCGGGACAUAUAGAUAAGAGUUAUUGGACAAAUUAUCUGCAGAGAGAUAGCAAUGUGAGGAGAAUUUUGUCGAUUUUGUUUUGACAACUUGGUUCGUUCUUGAAUAUAUGAAAUCCUUUAUGAACCACUUCAGUA